UAUCUUCGCCUAAUAAUGGUGGCUCUGUGUCUUCGCCUAAUGAUCGUGGCUCUGUGUCUUCGCCUAAUAAUGGUGGUCUGGUGUCUUCGCCUAAUAAUUGUGGUCUGGUGUCUUCGCCCCAAAAUUAUAUGUCUUUACAUAAUAAUAAUGGUAGUUAUACUGUGCUUUCUUUCAAUAACUUUGAUAAUUAUUCGUUGUGGGUGCAUAUGAAAAAAGUAUUUAGUGUGGGUGCAUAUUGA